CAAACAUUUCAAACACUCAUCUUUCUAAAUUCUCUUAUAUACUAUCUCCUCUGGUUCUUGUGAUUAGCCUGAUUUUGAUUUUGAUUUUUAUUUUUUGUGUUUUAAAUAUGACAAUCAGUUCUAGCUCGAAUCUUCCUCCUGGGUUCAGAUUUCAUCCGACAGAUGAGGAGUUGAUCAUGUUUUAUCUUCGAAAUCAGGCCUCGUCGAGGCCCUGCCCUGUUUCGAUUAUCCCAGAAGUCGACAUUUAUAAGUUCGAUCCGUGGGAAUUACCGGAGAAGGCGGAAUUUGGAGAAAAUGAAUGGUAUUUUUUCAGCCCCCGUGACAGGAAGUAUCCGAACGGGGCGCGGCCUAACAGGGCGGCUGUUUCGGGUUACUGGAAGGCCACGGGCACGGAUAAGGCGAUAUAUAGUGGAGGGAAGUACGUUGGUGUGAAGAAAGCUCUGGUUUUUUACCAGGGGAAGCCGCCAAAAGGUACAAAAACUGACUGGAUCAUGCACGAGUACAGACUUAAUGAAUCCAGAUCGUCUCCUAACAAACAGCACGGUUCGAGCAUGAGGCUGGAUGAUUGGGUGCUCUGUAGGAUCUACAAGAAGAAAAACACAGCAAGAGUCUGCGAAGAUGAGCCUAGAGUAGACGAUUUUCGGACCAAUAAUUACUCUGUCGAAAAUGUUUGUGCUAAUGAGCUGCCAAAAAUGGCUUGUCCUAAUGAUCUACCAAAACUGGAAUUUCCCAGGACUAGCUCAUUGUCUCAUCUCUGGGAAAUGGACUACUUCGGUUCGAUUUCUCAGCUAUUAAACGAAACCACGAGCUACGAUGCCCACAACAUAAUGACUAUGGCGCCUUCGCGGACAACUGAGAUGGGAGAAAUGUCGCAGGCCUAUGCAGAUUCAGUCAAGUUUCAAGUGAACAAUGAAAGUAGCAUGUUGAACCAGCAGUCAGUUUUCGUGAAUUCGAUUUUCGAGUUCUAAAGGGCUAGGUUUGAUUCAUUCAGAGGCAACAAAUGUGCCUCAGUUGCCAACAAGGUGUUGGUGUGGUGGUAGAGCUCUUGUAUCCCCUUGCGGAGGUCGGGAAUUCGACUCCCCACGUGUGCGUCUCUAAUCAAUUAGAAAAAAAAAACAAAUGUGCCUUAGUUGCUGCUAGAAAUUUGUAAAAUUGGUUUCAAAUGAAGCAAACAGUACAUGUAAUGCACCCUUUUUUAA